AUGACUAGCACUGCGAUAUCUCCCGAAGAACAAGAGAAUGUCGAAUUUCUGACGAGUAUGAUGGCGCCUGGCGACGUCGACGCUGAGGUUGCCCGACGCCUUCUACUCAAACAUGGCAAUGAUAUCCAGAAGGCGGCGUACGCGAUGCUGGAGGGAGAUAGGGCAGAGGAAUAUCAGGCUGGGCCGCGCUCACCACCCCGUGAAUAUCGGUGUAUGUGCUCACUGACUCUCCCAGCAUCCAAGCCGGAGAAAGAUGUGAUUGACUUAACGGCGGAUGAAGAAUCGGAAAUGGAGGCUGCUAUCAAGAUGUCAAUGGAAGCCGACCUGAGGCAGCACCAGCAGCAGUUUGGGCCGAGCAAUCGAGCGCCUGAUCCCAACUGGGCUAUGGUUGCGUCUAACAAACCAGCGGAGACGAACGCUUUGUCACAAGAUGAUCAAACCCUCAGCCGAGCUAUUGAAGAGAGUUUGGCGACCAGCUAUAGUCGGUUCGAGAAGGAGGAGUUUUACGAACGGCCGAUGGAGGAACAGGUCCGGAAGGAUAAACGGCCUAUUGCACUGCGACCGACCCAAGCUACUCUACAUUAUGCUGGUCUGGUCCUGCAAGCACUCUACAGUGUGCCCCAAGUGAGGGAAAGCAUCGCGAACUGGAGGCCAACUCCUCCGGCAUCUGCAACAGCAGACGAGUUCAUGAUUAUCGAACCCCCGAAGUCGGGUCCAGAAUCCUUGAUGUAUGGCAUUCUUGAGGUGUUCGCAAAUAUGGAGUUUGCGCUCCUUUCCGAGCUGAGCGUAGACCCCAUUCUGCAAGAAUUUGGGACACAACCUGCAAGUGCUGCGGAUAAUUUUGGUGAUCUGACAGAACAGUUUCUGGGUAAAGUGACAUACACGGUUGAGACCAUUCUGAACGGAGACUAUGCGAACGCCUCAUCCAAGCGCCUUUUCCACUUUCAAUACGGCACCCACGUUGACCCCAACUCCGCCGCGCACGUCCCGGACCUGCACGAAAAGGCGAUAGUCCGGGUUGAUAUCCAUGGCACCGAGCAGACGAACGACCUCGUCUCCUGCCUCCUAUCCCAGUUCUCCCCAUCGACGCCCUCCGGGACCCAGGAGGUGAUAUAUCAGCCUUCCGACGUCGUCUCGUUCCACCUCGUCCGGCCGCCGCCACCCUAUCCCGGCGUGAGCACCGAGGGAUCCGCCAAUGCGCGGACGGUGUUCAAAUAUCCGAAGCACUUCUACUUGGACCAGUUCUUGGAGGAGAACGCCGAGCUAGCGAAGGCAAAGACGGCGGAGCAGAAAGAAAUCGAGCAGGAAGUCGUGAGACUUAGGACGGAGAAGAAUGGGAUUGUUAACUACAAGAACAAAGAUGCGCUUAGUAACCUUGCAGCAGCGACACAUUUCUACGAGCAUGUUAUCGACCGUGACACGCCUGAACAGCAGACGUAUGCAGAUAUGAUGGCCGAGAAGUUACACAAGGUGCAAGCCAAUAUCCAGGCGCACAUCAAGUCUAUUGAGGACAAGAUGACGGAACUGAGAAGUCGCUCCGAGGCGCUCUUUGACGAUCCGCAGUUGAAGAAGCAUCGGUAUGACCUCCGCGCUGUCUUAGUUAACGAAGGGCCCCUGGGUAGGAAGCAUCUGUACUCGUACACCUAUAAUGCAGGAAAGUGGUGGAAGACUGUCGAUUGGCUCGUAGAGGAGGUCCGCCGUCUGCAUUGUACUGUUGUCUCUGAGGAGGUUGUCCUGAAUGACCCUGCUGGCCUUCAUUACGGCGCUGGCCCAUACCUGUUACUGUACAGCCGAGCUCUCUCGGAGGAAGACGAGAAGACACUCAGCGAAAGGUUGCACUGGAUGGAGACUGCACGGGUAGGCCCUACGCUUCCGCCGUACACCGGCCACUAA